UCAUUCUUGUCAAAGUCCUCAAAGUUGACGUUUGAGUGUUCUGUGUUUGAUGAUAGCGUUUAGUACAGGCUUGCUUGCUAAAAAUCCCCAAUUAAUAAAAAAUAAUCGUGUUUUGAAAGCUAUAGAAUAAUUAAUACUGAACAAUGUCUUUGGCUGACGAACUGUUAGCGGAUUUGGAAGAGAAUGACGAUGGAGAACUGGAGGCGCUGGUCGAGAGUAAAAUGGACGUAGACCAUGAAUUUGCUGUACCAUAUCCUGUAAUACCAAAAGAAGAAGACAUCAAGAACGUAUCCAUCAGAGAAUUGGCAAAAUUAAGGCAUUCCGAUCGACUGAAGCGGGUUAUGACAUCAAUAGAGCACAACAUUGGUAACAAUAGACAAAAGAUUGAAGUGACUGGGUUAAUGGAGACGGACCCUGAGUAUCAGCUUAUUGUGGAAGCAAACAAUAUAGCUGUAGAAAUUGACGGAGAAAUUGCUAUUAUCCACAGAUAUGUUCGGGAUAAAUAUCAAAAGAGGUUCCCAGAGCUUGAGUCUUUAAUCAUAUCACCGCAAGACUACAUUCGGUCUGUCAGAGAGCUUGGCAAUGAUCUAGACCAGGCUAAGAACAAUGAAACACUACAAAGUUUCCUGACACAAGCUACUAUUAUGAUAGUAUCUGUCACGGCAUCAACUACGCAAGGGAAAAUAUUGACUGAGAAAGAAUUGGCAGAGAUUAACGAAGCUUGUGACAUGGCUUCAGAGUUGAAUAAUAUUAAAACAAAGAUAUAUGAAUAUGUUGAAAGCAGAAUGGCGUUUAUUGCACCAAAUAUUACUGCUAUUGUUGGUGCAUCAACAGCAGCAAAGAUUCUGGGUGUGGCCGGAGGUCUAUCUAAGCUAGCUAAGAUGCCAGCCUGUAAUAUAUUACCAUUAGGACAACAGAAGAAGACCCUGUCAGGGUUCUCACAGGCUACUGCACUCCCACACACUGGAUUUAUAUACUUUUCAACUAUAGUACAAGAUACUCCACCUGAGUUGCGAUUUAAAGCGGCGAAGCUGGUAUCAACAAAAAUAACCCUGGCAUCCCGCGUGGACGCGUGUCAUGAGAGCACGGAUGGAAGUAUCGGACGAAUGCUUCGAGAAUCUAUCGAAAAGAAGCUGGAUAAAAUGCAGGAACCUCCACCCGUGAAGUUCGUGAAGCCCCUGCCGAAGCCGAUUGAGCAGAGCAGGAAGAAGCGCGGCGGCAAGCGAGUCAGGAAGAUGAAGGAGCGCUACGCGAUGACGGAGUUCAGGAAGAACGCUAACAGACUUAACUUCGCUGACAUCGAAGAUGACGCCUACCAAGAAGACCUGGGCUACUCCCGCGGCACGAUCGGCAAGUCCAGUACUGGUCGUGUCCGUCUGCCUCAAAUAGACGAGAAAACCAAAGUCCGGAUUAGCAAGACGCUGCAGAAGAACUUGCAGAAACAGCAGCAGUAUGGUGGCGCCACUAGUAUUAGGAGACAAGUAUCUGGUACUGCUUCGUCGGUCGCCUUUACUCCGUUGCAGGGACUCGAAAUCGUGAACCCCCAAGCAGCAGAAACGCGCAUCAACGAAGCGAACGCGAAAUACUUCUCCAACACAUCGGGUUUUCUCUCAGUCGGCAAGAACACCACAUGAAUCAUUUCUGUAACAAUAAAUAGCGUCUAAGAACA